UGUGUGCGCGCGUGCAAUUGUGUUGUGUGUUGUGAGUCGCGGGAGAUAACGUGUGUGAGAGAGCAUCGCGCUCCGCUGUCUUCUCGUGUCUUCGGUCUUCGGCUUAUCACAUCCUUGGGCCCUUGGAGGUCCUUGGCGUGACGUGAAUUAGGCUAGAACCGUGUAUCAGCCAGCCAGCCAGCCAGCCAGCUAGACUGAAAGUUGUUGCAAGUACUGCAAAAGUUGCUGCAGUAGUGGAAGGAAGUUCGGGGUUCGAACUGCGAACGGAUGAUCUACGGACGGCCACGGCCCCACUAGCAGGCCCUGGAACGAAAAAUCUUAUGCGCCACUGAAUGUGUUAAGCAACAUGUGAAAAACCGCGCACGCCGCGAACAGAGUGGAGCAGCUCACAGGAUAAGCCGCCAAAUCAACGCCAGAACGCGUUGCGAACUUCGAACCACCGAACCAUUUAAGGGGCGCGCAACUUUAGCACCGAAGGCGCGGGGGCUAUUACUUUAAUCGCGGCCACAGUGUUCUAGCGAAACCGAAAUGUAUCACACCAGCGGCUAACGAGAUAUAUUGGAAGCGGCGCGGUGCGGUGCGAGAGAAGCUGUGCUCUAGAAGCUAAAGAACAUACAAAGUACAACAUUGACAAAGCGUAUCACAAUAGAACGCGUAUCUAUUGUUGUAUUUGCUUUGUGAGACUUCGCAUCGUGAGACUGUGAGUGUGUGUGUGUGUGUGCGUGUGUGCGUGUCUGCGCAGAUCCAAUCAGUUUUUACUCCUGGCCCCCCCCCACCCACCACCCCGACACAAUCUUCGCAUUAAGUGAGUUAUUAUGGAAACCAGUUACAAUACGGCAGCGGUCGGCGAAGGAGGUGGUGCACCCGAUAGCGAGUUCGAUAUAAAUAUGUUCGACCAGUUCGUUUAUAAGACUUUUCACACACCUUCUUUCGGUGACGAGGAGUUCGAUAUCCAAGCGAUGGGGAGCAACCAUCUACAGCAGCAGCAUCAGCAGCAUAACCAUCACCACCAGCAGCAACAGCAGCCGUCCCAGCAGCAGCAGCAGCAGCAGUAUCAGAUGCAUAGCGGAACCCACCAGCCAAGCGAUCAUAUGGGGCUGCUGCAAGAUCAACAGCAACAGCAGCAACCCUUACCUACGCCAGCGCAGCAACAGCAACAGAAUGUGCCAAAUUAUGGACAAUGGCAUCAGGAGAUGGCCGCCCACCACAGCUCAUAUACUCUGCAGUCACCUACCCAACCGACAUAUCAUCAGCUGAACACUAGUCCGAACAACAACCCUACCCUUCACGUUAUGCAGCCGCCGCAGCAGUCACCAUCGAUGGUGCCACCACAGCAGCAACAACAACAACAACAGCAGCAGCUUUCUCCUCAGCAGCUCAUUCCCGGGAAUCCGCUCAACUUUAUCGGCCGCUCGCCUCCGCAGAAUGGAGUCGCCCAGGGUAACGAAAACGGCACGACCAGCGACGAUAGCGACGAUACGAUAGCGACAAACUCACUAAAGCGACCUUCGUCCGAACCGUCCUACGGAGACGAUUCAUCGAUAGCGUGCGGCAUGAAGGCGUCGACGGCAGCAGCAGCAGCAGCAGCAGCAGCGGCUGCCAAGAAACCGAAGGUUACGAAGAAGAAGAAGAAGCGGGAUCCGAAUGAACCGCAAAAGCCUGUGUCAGCGUAUGCUCUGUUCUUUCGUGACACGCAAGCAGCUAUCAAAGGCCAAACUCCUAACGCCUCGUUUGGAGAAGUUUCCAAAAUUGUUGCCUCCAUGUGGGAUGUGUUGGCACUAGAGCACAAAAAUGUGUAUAAAAAGAAAACUGAAGCUGCUAAGAAGGACUACUUGAAAGCGUUAGCGGCAUAUAGGGCAAGCCUGGUGUCGAAGGGAACUGAAGUGGAACAACAACCAUCGCCCCAACAAUCAAUUUAUUCAACAACGCCACAACCAGCUUCUCAACAACAGCAAACUCCACAACACCAGCAGCAACUGCAGCAGCAAACAUCGCAGCAUCAACUGCAACAGCAGCCACAACAUCAACAUCAGCAACACCAACAGCAGGCACAGCAGCACCAUCAGCACCAACAGUCGCAUCAUCAGCAACAUCAGAAUAAUCUUUUGGUGAACCACGCAAAACAUUCGCCUCAACACGGUGCUUCGGUCGCACAGUCUGGCGGUUCCCAUCAUUCGAUGCAGGGACAGUUGCAACAAACGCAUACAACAUACGGGCCAUCCUACGGGGCCUCCUUCAAACCAUCGCCACAGAAUAUGAUCCAAAUGGCACAUCAACAUUCUCAUUUACAUCCUGGACAAAUCUCAGCAGCAUCGCAAACGCAUCAACCUGCGCCACAUCUUCACGGGCAAAUGGUAUCGAUGAAUACGCAACAACAGAUGAUGGCCCAUCAACAGUCUUCUGCGCACAUGAAUAUCGGACAACAGCAUACGUUGAGUUCGUCACAAAAUACUUCCAACGCAGCCCAUAAUGCGAUGAUGAAUUUGUCUAUGACGCCCCAAUCGCACUAUAUGAACCAACAGGCAUCGAAUCAGCUCCAAGAGCAGCAUCAACAACUGCAACAGCAGCAACUUCAGAUACACCAACCGCAACAGAAUGAACAGGGUCAAGUUCAAGCUACUGGAGGAAUGCAUAUAGCUAACGGAGCUGCUACAAGCGAACAGAUGAAUCAACAUAAUGCGGCAUCACCAAUCACUGAGGAGAAUUCCCUUGAGCAAACUAUUCAACCGCAACAAUGUAUACGGCAGGGAUGUACGAAUUUGGCGAUUAUAAAUUCCGAUUGGGAAGACGAAUAUUGCAGCAACGAAUGUGUCAUCACACAUUGCCGUGAUGUAUUUGGGCAUUGGUUGCAAAAUAAUAAUACACAGCAGCAGACGUUUUCGACGGUGAAAUAAAUACUUCGGAAUUUUGUACCAGGCACUACUGUACUGAUAAGCAGUAAUUAUAAUAAUCAAUAUAUUGUUACAUAGAUCCGUUACAGCCAAUUAUUGUGAAACUAAUUUCAAUGAAAAGACAAAUAAUGCUGUAAAAUAUGUUGAUACUAUCGCUGUUUUAGGCGUUUUUUUUUAAUUUUUUCCAGGUUUUUUGAUGGCAAGUGGAAGAUAAGAAUGCGAGAUAGAUAGACAAAAGGUAGCUUCCGUUGUGAAUGAAAAUAGCAAAGUAACACGAUUUUAUUUUGUUUUCUAAUAUUCAUCCAUUCUAGAUUCUAUUCAAAACACUAGGUUUCAGUUUUUAAUGAUUGCGAACACUUUUUUCCAACCAGUAUUCUUGAGCCAUUCUUGAGAGCUAGGUAUUUACGUUAGGCAUGCCACAUUUAAUUAUAUUGUUUCCACAUGUAUUAUUGACUAUUUGAUAGCGAUACAUCUUGUAUCGCGUUUAUGUCGGUAUAUUUUAUAUCGAUCAUAUAUAGCUAACUCUAAGAAGUUUUUAAUGUAAAUUUGUUUACAAUGCGGUAGAUCCCGCCCAUCUUUUUUUCCUUCUGAUCUCUGAUAUGCGAAUAGAUUUAGAGGUCGCGCAUAUUCGUUCUGAUUACUACGAAUUUUUAUUCAUGUAAUCCGUCUUUUAUUUAUUUGUUUUACAGAAUUCGAUUUCAUUUGUUCAUCAAUCUGUCCUUACAGUGUGCGUUCCAAUCUACGAUUGCACACGCAUGCAUUGCUCCUUACUCUAUGCUGUAAAAUUGAAAAAGGCUCUUUUGGUUGAAUAGGGAUAGUGCAAACCAAUUCGAAGUAAUUUAUCCCUAAACUUUGUUGAAACAGGUGUUGACUAGAUUUGGAAUACGUCAUGAGUUAUGCAUACCGAUAAUUAGUUUGCAAUCAUGAAAUAAAGGAAAAUAUGAACAUCAUAUGAACAGUAUGGAUAAUUUCAUAGUUCGAAGCUUAAUAUGCAGGACACAUCAACACUGUUUACAUCCACUUAAUUCAUUGCAUACCGAUAAAUAAUUAUAUUGAUCUAAAUCUAUUGGUGAUUUCGUUUAAUUAUCCUGAAUUGAGUUGUGGAUGGCCGGUCGACCUCAGUUGAAUAUUGAAAAUAUUGAUAGUUGGUUUAAUUAUUCUCAUCCUAUUAUGAAUUAUAUUUUUCGGUUAACAUUUUCUACAUAAUGUGAAUCAAUGCUGUCUUUUAAUAAUGCAAACUAAAUCAUAACUCAUCGAACACCGUUUCCAACUCAAACCAUACGCAAAAUAAAAAUACAUUCACUGUUCAUAUUAAUCGAUCUUUCACGACUCUCAUACGAUUAAGAAUACCAGCUAACCAAUAUAACCUCUGAGACUAUUUUUGGUUUAGAAUUAAAUGAUUUGUACCUAGGAUAAGGACUAGUUAAUCGUGACUAGUUCUAUUUCUUUUAACUAUUGUUUUUCUACAAUUACUCUACGACACAGUAAGUUUACACAAAAAACAUUAAAUAUAGAGAAUUGGAUUUGUCAUCAAACAUUUAUACUUCAUAAAAAUGCUUUCAUUUGAUUCUUUUGAAAUAACAACAUGGGUUUUUUACCAGAGUCAAUAAUACAUAACUGUACUGGUUAGCAGAGAUUUGGCCUAUAGCAAGCGGUAUAUUAUGUUUAGAGAGAUUAUUAUGUUCAUGCUUAUUACAAUGCGUUGAAUUUACGAAAUUUUAUUUCAUUCAAUCUGCAUAUUUAGAUAGUUUUGUAGAAUAUCUCUUUUUCUAUAAAAUACCAAGAACAAUCAUUGUACAGAACUUUGAAGGCAAUGUUUCGCACCAGUGCCGCAGCAAUCGUCUCGAUAAAAAAAAGUCGAAGAGAAAACAUCAAAUUAUGAUUUUGAUACAAAUAUAUCAGUAAUUGUCCAAAUUUUGUGCUGAUUGUGUGCAUGUCACAUAAUAAAUAUGAGUGUUUUGUUAUACAUUUCUGUGAGCGUCGGGAUGCUGUCACGUUGGCGAUAAUGUUUUUCAUCUCAACGGUAACAAACUACGGAAUGUAAUAGAAGUGGUCUGUUUUCAACUAAGCAUAAUUGUUGCUAGUCUAUUAGCGUCUUGAUUAAUUUACUCUCCGUGGAAAAAACUGUAAAAAUGAAUAUAGUAUGUAAUGCAUUGAAAAUAUCUUGUAAAGCUGUAAGUAUAGCUAGCAUUUAAAUAGACCAUUUACAAACGAGUUAAGACCAACGUUCAAUAUAGUUUAAUGAUACAUUACCAAUUGCACGUAUCUUUUUAUUGCCAAUCUCAAAAUUUAAGGUUAAACAUAACGACAUUGGAUUUGAUAUCAGAAAGUGUUUUUUUAUGUAUUCAUAUUAUAUUUGGAUCCGUAAA